AUGCACAUCACCUGCAUCACUUUAAUACAUCAUGUUUUGGAAUAUGUUUCAUACAGAUGUCAUUUUAAAAUUGUCAAUCAUUCUACAGAUGUGAGCCUGAACUUCAGUGCCAUCCUUCCUGUCAUCUUUGGCAUCAUCUACGUUCUGGGUAUCAUCGGAAACUGUAUAGUCAUCUACACCAUCCUGAAGAAGACCAAGUGCCGUGCCAAGCAAACAGUUCCGGACAUCUACUUCUUAAAUUUGUCAAUUGUUGAUCUCCUCUUUCUUCUUGGAAUGCCAUUCCUCAUCCACCAGUUGCUUGGCAACGGGACCUGGCACUUUGGAUCCGCCAUGUGCACGGCCAUUACUGCGCUGGACUCCAACAGUCAGAUCGUUAGUACUUACAUCCUUACAGCAAUGACCUUUGAUCGCUACUUGGCCACCGUUCACCCGAUUCGUUUUAACCAUAUCCGCACACCCUGCACGGCUGUGCUGGUCAUUGGGGUGGUGUGGACUCUGUCCCUGCUCACCAUCAUCCCUGUGUGGAUGUACACAGGCUUGAUGCCCUUGACAGAUGGCCUGGUGGCCUGUGCUCUCCUGCUGCCUGACCCUGUCACUGACACAUACUGGUUUACACUGUACCAGUUCUUUUUGGCCUUUGCUAUACCCUUGGCCAUCAUCUGCUUGGUGUUCUUCAAGAUUCUCCAAAACAUGGCCACCAGUGUUGCACCACUCCCUCCCCGGAGUUUGAUGAUUCGCACCAGGAAAGUGACCCGCAUGGCUGUGGCCAUCUGCCUUGCAUUUUUCAUCUGCUGGGCCCCCUACUAUAUCCUGCAGCUGGUUCACUUGGGGGUGCAGAAGCCAAGCUUAGCGUUUUCUUAUGCCUACAACAUAGCCAUUAGCAUGGGAUAUGCUAACAGUUGCAUCAACCCAUUUCUGUACAUUGCCCUCACCUUCAAGAGGCAUUUCCUCAGAGCGAUACAUCACAUCAAUAGGAAGUUCCGCAUAAAACCAAGCACCAUAGAUGAUGCCAGUGUCAAUGAGAGAAUGAAUCCAAAAAGGGCUGAGCAGCAGCGAGCCUCCACGAUCAUGAUUGUGCCCCGCCAACUCCCACGUUGAAUGAAGAACAAGAAAGACAUCAAGGUCCCUCAUAAUCCAUUUUCCACUGACA